GGCGAAACGUGCCGGUGGAACAUUGAGUACUCUCGCGCCGGGAGGGCGGUGUCACAGCAGCAACACGCGCAGCGCCGUUGAAGCGCUCGAGCUACAUGUUGCACUCGCCGCCGGUAAGACUCGCCGAAGUUACAUGCGGAUAUACGGAUAAACAAAUGAGAGGACCCGGGAAAACAAGAGAAAUACUGGGAACAAGGGCAAGUGUGAGUGCUGAGAUGGCCACGUUUGAGGAUGAGUCUUCGACUAGCCAGUCUUCUAUUGAUCUCUUUAACUCCCAAGGUAUUGACAUCAGUCCAAAUAAAGACAGAGGAGUAUGGUAAGAUUGUGAAGCGGCAAGGUAAAGAAGGGGAGACGCCUAUGAUCGGGGACAAGGUGCAUGUCCACUACACUGGCAGACUACUUAAUGGGAAGAAGUUUGACUCCAGCUUUGACCGAAAAGAGCCUUUUGUCUUAAAUGUGGGCAAAGGCCAGGUGAUCAAGGCAUUGGAUAUUGGUGUGUGCUCAAUGCAGAAAGGAGAGGUGUGUUUGCUGCUAUGUAAGCCUGAAUAUGCCUAUGGCAAUGCUGGAAGCCCCCCCAAAGUCCCUCCAAACUCCACUCUACUGUUUGAGGUAGAGCUGCUAAACUUUAGAGGGGAGGAGCUUACGGAGGAUGGUGGAAUCUUGAGGAGAAUAAAGGUCAAAGGUGAAGGAUACAACAAUCCCAAUGAAGGGGCCACAGUUCAUGUCCACUUGGAAGGACGGUGUGGUGGUCGUUUGUUUGAGGCACGGGACAUCACCUUUGUUGUGGGAGAAUCUGAGGACAUGAGUGUUCCUCUGGGAGUGGACCGUGCCAUGGAGAAAAUGCAGAAAGGGGAAUGCUGUCUGUUAUAUCUAAAACCCAAAUAUGGCUAUGGCAAAGAAGGAAAACCAGAGUAUGACAUUGGACCAAAUGCAGAACUGCUGUAUGAGGUGACACUCAAAGAUUUUGAAAAGGCCAAAGAAUCCUGGGAAAUGGACUUGAACGAGAAACUGGAGAAGGCAGUUCUGGUCAAACAGAAAGGGACCCAGUACUUCAAGUCUGGGCGGUACUACCAUGCUGUCAUCCAAUAUCAGCGGAUCGUGUUCUGGUUGGAGAUGGAGUGCGGAGUUGGUAAGGAGCAACAGCAGGCCAUCCAGGCUCUCCUGCUGGUGGCCCAUCUAAAUCUGGCUCUGUGCUAUCUACGCCUGCGGGAAUACUCGCAGACUGUGGAGAAUUGUAACAAGGUGAUGGAGCUGGACUCUGAGAACGAGAAGGCUCUAUACCGGCGGGGGGAGGCUCGUCUGCUAAGGAACGAGUUCACUCUGGCCCUGAUGGACUUCCGACAGGUCCUGCAGGUGAACCCUUCCAAUCGAGCUGCCCGAUGUCGGAUCGCCGUCUGCCAGCGCAAAAUCCGUGAACACCACGAGCGCGAUAAGAAGAUUUACGCCAACAUGUUUCAGAGGUUCGCCGAACACGACGCCAAGGUUGGCCAAUUGAAAAGGAAGAAAGAUGAGAGCGGAUUGGUAGAUCAGAACAAUAAGUCUGUGAAGAAGCCUUGACGGAGUCAGGACGGCUCCUAAAAGCCCAUGGCCCACCAGUGCCUGUUAAUGAGGUGAAGCUUUUGCACCCGGUGUGGAGGGCAGCAUGGAGCGAGUGGACACUCUCACACCUUCACCACUAACCUCAUGAUGUGAGUGCUGUCACUCAGGACCCAAAGGAGACCUGAAUACGAUUCUGAAGAAGAGAGAUUGACACUGAAGAGGCUAUAAGCCUAAAUGGCAUUCCUACAGACAAACCAAAUGCAAAUGACCCACAUGACCACUGGUAUCUAACACCCAACCUCCAUCGCAUUACAUACUCCUCAACUCGGCAAAGGCAUUCAUCAGAUGUACAGUAUUAAUGAAAUAAUUCAAUGAUGUCACAAAUAGAAUACAAUUUACUACUGUAUUGUCUGCAUACAAUAAUAAAAUGGUAGGGCUCAGUAGUGACUCAGAAGGAUUUCAGUGCAGUGGGGAGGUCUUCGUUUGUGCGUUUGCAGUGUCAUGGUGUGUAUAUAUGGCUUAGAGGUAUUUUAGCACAUAAAGGUGUUUAGACAAGUGAUCACAAUGGGUAGCUGGACUCUAAAAUACCAUACUGCCCAACAAGCCGG